AUGCCUUUCUCCUUGCAGCUCCCCAGCGAGUACGGCUACGUCCUGACCGUCGCCUCGGCCUCGUUCUUCGUCAACACCUACCACUUCGUGCUCAGCGCCCGCGCGCGCACGGGCAGCGGCCUGAAGUACCCGAUCCCCUACGCGACGGAAGAGCAGGCAGCGAAGGACCCCAAGGCCUUCAAGUUCAACUGCGCGCAGCGAGCGCACGGCAACUUCGUCGAGAAUGUCACCCCGUUCCUGGGCGCGCUGCUGAUUGCCGGUCUCCGGUUCCCAACGGCCAGCGCUGCGUGCGGUGCUGCGUGGGUAUUGGGCCGGGUCUGGUAUGCGGCCGGAUACACCGCGCGAGGCCCUGCUGGUCGCAGGGGGGGCUUCACAAUCUCGGCGUUUAGCGACCUUGCGCUCAAGGUCAUGGCCAUGUGGACCGGCGUCCAGAUGGUGUUGGAGUCUGCAUAA